GUGUUUAAUAGGUGUAACUUAACAGCUGUUACUAUACCAUAAAUAAUCAACGUCUCUCUAAUACUUAAUAGAUAAUAUGACUGCUUAGUCGCGUACUUAAUCGUAAUAAUUAAUGUUUCAUGCCGUAUUACAUGUUGUUUUUCUUUGAAAAACUAUUAAUUGUAUUAAACGUAAGUUCGACCAUUUGCCGCAACAGCGGCGCAGUGUUUCUUUGGAUUCCUGCGCAGGAAUACACACAAGUCCCAGACAUACACAUUUGCAGAAAAGAGGAUACAUUGCGCUUAUGGUGGGUCUGAAAAAAAUGGAAUCCAUCAUUCAUAUAUUGUAGUUCCUCAUUCGGCGCAAAUAUGUGACAACCAGUCACAAGUGGUACAUGUGAAGGCUACGCAGAAUAUGGGCCUAAAAGCGGCUGUGCAAGCUCUGAAGAAAGCAGAACCAUUAAAAGACAAGGUUCAACGUUGUAAAGAUCUUUUAAACGAUAAUGAUGCGUGGAUGUGUCAACGGCAACUUCAGAAAAUUUAUCAGCAAGUUCUUAUCCUUGACCUGGAAUAUGCCCUGGAUCGUAAAGUGGAACAGGAAUUAUGGAACCUUGGUUUUAAGAAUUAUAUAGCUAUGCUGCAGUUGCAGGCAAAGGAUCGUAGAAACCCCAAACGUGGAGAAUCGCAGGCUAUGCUUAGCUGGUGUUUGGAAGCAGCUAGUGGAUUUUAUUUAACUUUGCUACAAGAGAUAUGUACUGCUUUUGAUUUAGAUCUACCAUUUAGAAGAAAAAACUAUGUGUAUGGAUGUAUUUCACCAUGGAAAGCUGUUGAAAAAUUGUCCGCGCCCCAUAAGUCAUCGUGCUUUUAUGCUUGUCAAUACUGUCUCGUUCAUUUGGGAGACAUUGCUCGUUAUAGAAAUCAAAACAAACAGGCCGAACUCUUUUAUCGACAUGCCGUAUCGCUCUCACCAUCCAGUGGACAGCCUUACAAUCAGUUAGCUCUUUUAGAAGCUUCGCGUGGUGACAAACUUGGUACCGUUUUUCAUUACGUGCGUUCAGUGGCUGUCAAACAUCCAUUUCCUGUAGCUUCAGCGAAUCUAGCAAAAACUUUGUCAUCUGCGUUAAAUGAUAACAAUUAUAAGAUUGAAGGAAAGACCAAAUUAACUUCUCAGGAAUAUCUAGCUGUAUUCUUAAAACUUCAUGGAGUCCUUUAUAAUUUAGGAGAUCUAAGUAUUGCAACGACAUAUGUUAAACUUUUAACCGAUACUUUGACUGCAUUGAUAGCAACUGAAAGUUUUACUUCAUGGAGAUUAGUACAAAUGCUUAUAAUCAAUUUGUAUGCUUUACAACAUUUGGCUGGAAUAUCUACAGAAAGUCCAGAAUUAAUGAGAACCGAUCAGUUGAGUGCAGAUGAAAAAAUGUGUCAAAAUUGUAUUCUUGAUCUGAUUGCUGGGAGUUUAUCAGCUCUAUUGCUACCUGUUUAUACAAUAAAAAAUGCAAUAAUCAACUAUUUUGCUUUACCAACUAUUAAAUUGUGCCUUGAUUGGAUUCAGCUGAGACCAAUAAUUUUGGAGGAAGCAGCGUUUACUUCAAGACUUCAAAUAUGGCCAAGUCUUUGCGUUCUGUUGAAUGGCUUACAAAAUUGUGUUGUUGAUUUCGAUUACAAUCAAUAUGCUAAAGUACCAUUGCCAGAAGAUCGAGAUCUACAGGGAUUUUUACCAUUGGAAAAAACUUUCGAAACACUUCGUUUUACUAAUACAGACUUAGAAGGUGACAUUGCAAUAUUGAAUAAGCUACGAGCUAUACGUAUACUUCAUCUGGGUCGGAAAAUAUCAGAACAUCAAGUGAAUGGUGCCACAUUGAUUUCUUUGGGCAUCGAAGAUCAAUAUAAGGGACAGAAAUUUGUAUCAGCGACCGAAGGAACAGGGCUUAGUAACGAAUUAAUGAAAGAAUUGGAAGAAUUGAGUUUAAAUAAGGACAAACAACCAAUUGUAGCAAAUAGUCCUGUACCUUCAGAAUCAGCUAGUAGCAGAGGGUCUUCAGAAAUAGAUAGUUUAAUAGUUGAAUUUGGUUUGGAAAAACGUGGAGGUAUAUUAAAGCCUCAAGGCUCCUUGGAACGUAAUCGCGAUUCCAGCGAUCUCGUAAUCGGUAGCGAAAUUAAUUCCUUGCCGUCGUCAGCUCGUAAACCCCGCCAGAAUGUUGCGAUGCAGGCAAUAAUGCGUCGCGCUGAGACUGAGCAAAAACAAGUGACCUUCAAAAACGUUUCGCCCAUUAUCAUUGAAGAAACCGAUAAAAGUAAAGCUGUCCCAACAGCCAUCGUCACCUCGUGUUCAUCUCCUGUUAAGACUAAUAAUAUUAAGAAUAUCGUCGUUUCCUCGACUACGAGCAACGGAACCAGUCACAAUACUAUCAAUAAUACGCCACUGAUUCAGCCUCGACCGUCUCUCAUGCCAAAUGCACCUUUAAACAACAAAUAUAACAAAUUAAGUUCGAUAGUACAGCAAGAGCAACAGCGUCAACAGUCAUCGUCAUCACCACCCCAACAACAGUCAUUACAACUCCAUCUGCAGAAGCAGCAAUUUGAGCAAUCACUUAAGCUGGAUAAUCAUCAUCAGAGUAAUGUCAUAUCGCAGCAGCAACGUGAAAAUGUUAUUCUUUCUACACCGAGUGUUAAGCAGUUACCCCUUGCGGAUAUUCAGACGCCAGUGCUCCAAAGAACGCCACCACCUGGUCUCGGCCAGUUUUCUCUGCAUCACCAGCAGCAGCAACAACAAUCAUCACAACAGCAGCAACAGCAACAACAACCGCCACCACCGCCACCACCACCACUACCACAACCAUUAUCACAGCCACAACCACUACCACAACCACAACAAGCUGCAAUAUCGUUAAAUGCACCUGGUUGCUAUCAAAGUCAAAGUUUCAGUGUUCAGGCACCUCAGUUUAAUAAAAAUUUCAUAGCAAAUCCCUCGGUUUCCCUGCAGCAAUAUACAGUCACUGCUCCGAUGCAGGGGCAAUUUGGCAACAGCCUGUCUCAGGCUUCUCAAAGUAUGUCCUAUCCAACUAAUGUUAGUGUCAACCAAAGUAGGGUGCUUCAACAACAGCAACAGCAACAGCAGAAGCAGCAACAACAACAACAACAACAACAAAGAGGAAGUUUUGUUGCAUUGGCGCAAAGUAAUUCUAUGUUAACUCAAGGUUUAAAUCUGACACCACCAACACCGCAACAACCGAUAGGUCAAAGUAUCGGAUUAGCAAUACAACCGAAUUCGCUGAACGUCCAUCCUCAAAAUCUUUUGGCAAGUACGCAUCGCCCGGUCAAUGGCCUGAAUUUGCAGGGCCACGUGGGUAUAAGCGCGGCAUCAGCUUAUCAGACUGGUCUACAGGAUUCAGGAAUAGCCAAUACUAGCGUGCCUACUAUUCAACAGCAUCAGCAGCAACAACAGCAGCAAUCGCAACAACAGCAGCAGCAGCAGGGCUUCGGUAAUACUGGUUUUGGUCAAACUGGUUUUGCACAGAUGCAACAACAGAAGCAGAUUUCGCCUAAGGCGUACGGCAACGGGCAGCAGCAAAUUACUUUCCCUAACCAAGUGAAUUUGACGAAGAGUCAGCAACAGCAGUCUGUUGGCGGAUAUGCAAUGUUCCGCGGUUACGAUACUAAGGAUUAUAAUCCGUGGAAAGAGCCUCAGCCACCUCAGCCACCAGUUACUUGGUGGGGCAGUAAUAAUGUGCCAUCCGGACAAAUGAUUCAACAGCCAGGACAUAGCAAGGAGCAUCCCAUUCUGGCCGUUACCGACGCCUUUCAAAACUGGGCUAACUCUACUAUUUCAAACAAUCAGCGCAUUAACAAUUUGCCUCUUACGGCCGGCAACAAUUAUCAGCAGAACCAGCUACAGGCUCGUUUAUAUAGUGGCAGAAAUAAUUUCGACGACGUUAGACCAUUUGAAAUGGAACAGAAGCAGCCACAGUCAACGUCAACGGGUAGUACAUAUUCGUUAUUCAGUGGAAAUAGCUGGGGCGUUAAUGGUCAACUGUCUUCCGCUACAAAUAACAUAUCUUCAUUGAGUCAUCAGGAUCAGAUGAAGACGCGCCUCAAUCAGCAAUCUUUGUGGUCAGGUCCAGGGCCCUCGCCACUCGAACGUCUCCUCGAGCAGCAGAAAUCAUUACGCGAGGGUGGGACCUGAACGAUGCCGUUGGUAAAAAGCGAUCGACGAACGACACGCUAAAUGGAUACUAAUUCUGCUGAUGAGAAUAAAAGAAUAAAAACAAAAUAAAUAAAUUUCGAUCGAUACGCGACUGCCAAAGUUGCGUAAUCGACGAUGAACAACGUCUACGCGAUUAUUCGAUAUGAACAAGACACGCGUCAAUAUACAAAGUACCAACACUCGUGAGCGUAUGUUAAAUAAUCAUCAUUAACUACAUUAUUAUCAUUAUUACUACAUUAUCAUCGCAUCGUCAUUAUCAUCAUUGUCAUCAUCAUUAUUCAUUUCAACCUUCCUACUAUCAUAGUCUGCUAUAUCAUCAUUAUCAUAAUAAUAAAAGACAACAACAACAUCAU